AUGUAUAUUAAUUAUUUUUUUUUAUUAUCAAUUAUUUUUCAUGUUAUAAAUUCAUAUAAAAUUCUCGUAGUGAAUCCAAAAUUUGGAUAUUCCCAUGUCAAUUUUUUCUCACAAAUUGCUGAUAUUUUAACUGAAGCUGGACAUGAUGUAACUGUUCUCACCAUUGAUAUAGAUCCAAAAAUUACGCAUCCUGGUGCUUAUAAAGCCAAAGUUAUUACAGUUCCUGCAUCAAAAGAAGUAAUAGAUAUGUUUUCUGAUAGUAUUGAUGGUGAUUUUUUGUGGAAGUUAAACCCAAGUAUAUUUUCACAACUUCAGCUUUUUACAAGAUUUAUUACAUCUGUUCAAAAACAAUCGUUAAAUGUUUUUUAUAAUGAAGAAUUAACAGAAAUAAUAAGAAAAGAAAAAUUUGACAUAGGAAUUACAGAAUCAUUCAAUAAAUACGUUUUUGGUUUGUUUAAAGUAUGGGGAAUAAAAACUCAUGUAUGUGGUUUUUCAAUGUCAUUAGCAGAUAAUCUAUACAGAGAUUUUGGAUUACCAUUUCCAGCAUCUUAUAUUCCAUGUCAUAUGGCACCAUUUACUGAUAAAAUGACAUAUUUGGAAAGAUUCCAAAAUUUUAUUUCUCAUCAUAUUAGUUCUAUAAUCUUUUCGCUAUUUGAUGAUAUAAUGAGUUUACAAAAUGAAUUUAACUCAAAAUAUGGAGAAGGAUUUUUUAAUAGUCAUGGUAUUGUUGGUGAUUGUUCAUUUUUAAUUAUCAAUUCAAAUCCUUUCUUAGAUAUUCCUGGUCCAAAAACACCAAAAAUGAUUGAAGUUUCUGGUAUUGGUAUUAAAGAAAGUAAACCUCUUAGUAGUUAUUGGAAUGAAAUACUUUCAUUAAGAAAUCAAACUGUUUUAAUAUCAUUUGGAACAUUUGCUAAAAGUAUCAAUAUGCCAAAAGAUUUAAAAGAUGGAAUUUUAGAGACAAUAAAAAGAUUAAAUAAUAUAACAUUUAUAUUAAAAUAUGAAAAUCCUGAAGAUGGUACUGGAAAAGAUAUUGAAAAUUUAGUAAUUAGUAAAUGGUUACCUCAAAGUGAUUUAUUAAAUGAUUCCAGAUUAUCAUUAUUUGUAACACAUGGUGGUAUGGGUAGUAUAACAGAACUAUCUUUUAAUGGAGUACCAGCUGUAGCAAUUCCAUUAUUAGGAGAUCAACUAAGAAAUUCAAAAUUACUUGAAAGACAAAAAACUGGAAUUGUUAUGAAUAAAUUAGACUUAGCAAAUCCUGAUAUCUUGACAAAACAUAUAAAAACAAUUUUAAACGAUGAAACUUAUAAAAAGAAUGCUCAAAUAGUAUCAAAAAGAUUAAAAAAAAGACCUAUUGGAUCUAGAGAACUUCUUAUUAAACAUAUAGAAUUUGCUGCAGAAUUUGGAAAAUUAGAUGUAUUAGAUUUAGCUAGUAGAAAUAUGAGUACAAUUGAAUAUUAUAAUUUUGAUAUUAUUAUACCAAUAUUAAAAUUGUUUGGUGAAGAGUUAUAUCAUCCUUUAUGGAAUUAUUAUUCCUCAAAUUCAGAUGAUUCAAUAUCAUUAAAUAAAUUUAUAAGUAAAAGUGAACCUUUAUUUGAAACUGAUCACAAAAUUUGGGAAGAAAUUUUUAAUGAACCAGAAGACAUUAUAAAAGCUUGCCUUUUGACAAGUGAUAUUGAAGAGGCAAGUGAUGAUAAAGAUUUUAAAGAAAGUAUUAUAUGUAAUAUGAAGAAAGAUGGAAUUUCUAAGUUUAUACAAAAUGAAUGUCCAAGAUUAUGUGAUGGAAUUCGGGAACAUGUAAUUUCUUUAUUAACAGAUAAGAAAAAAAAUUUACAAGAUUACUCUUCAAGUAUUUUAACUCCUUUUCAAAUGUUAUUUAUUAAAGCAUCACUUAAUCCUGUAAUAUAUUUUAAUCAAGAGGGAAAAAAUAAUAGUAAUAGGUGGACAAAGUUAUAUGAUUCUUCAGUUCAUGGUGUUAGUUUGAAUCGUUUUGAAAAUAAUGUAUAUGACUAUAAAAAACCAACAGUCACAAUAUUUAAAUUAACUAAUGGUCAAUUAAUUGUUAUUGCUUUAGAUGAAGAAUGGAAAAAUAGUGUAAAUUGUUAUGGUGGUAAUAAUACUUCAGUAAUACAAAUAAAACCAAAAUUUGAAAGAGAAGAUAAAAGUGGAUCAUUUAGAUGUAAUUUAAAAUUAAAAAGUGCACCAAUGGGUAUACAAUUUGGAAGAUAUCUUAAAAUUGAAAAAGAUUUUAGUAAUGUUAAUGAUAUUGAAGUUUGGGGAUGUGGUGUUGAGGAUGACUUGACAGCACAAAUGAAACAAAAAGUUUGGUACAAAAAAGAAGCUGAAAAAAGAAGUAAAGUUCCUUUACCAGGAGCAUGGGAUGAAAAUCCAGAUAAAACAAUUCUUGAAAUGGGUGGAAUAAAGCUAAACAAUGAACGCCGUGAUUUUGAUCGCCCUGAUGAUACUAUAGCAAGAAAAUUUUAA